CAGUACUGUCAUUUUUUAACUGUUCGUGGUUGGCUGGCAACACAAAUGUAUACAAAACUAAAUUUGAUUCCUUUAUUUUUCAUCAUUUUUUUCCGGACCUCAGUUGCUUUUCAAGAUGGUAUCUUGUUUUCCACACCUAAUUUUCCACAACCAUACACUGGACAAUUAUCAGAACGGCGAAGUGUCUCUGUAAACGAAACUCAGGGAGUUGCAGUUGUUUUCGAGCAGUUUCUUGCAAGUGCACACGAUUGCGUUAUAGCUUGUCCUACUAAUAAUGACGGCUGUUCGAGUUUAUGUGGAGACGCUAUGGAUCACGGGCUUGUUCCGAAAAUCUUACGAGUUCCGGGAUCUGCUGAUAUUGCGAUGGUGUCCAUAGAACAAAAUGAUGGGUUUCCGCAUUCUGGAAUAUCAGGAAAAAUAAUAUCAUACGAUCUCAAUACGAUAUCAUUUUUCCAAUGUAAUGAUCAAGUAGAUUUAUCAACUGGUGAAACGUAUUACCUCGUUUCACAAAACUACCCACUUUCACCAACCACAGAGUUCUCAAGCUGCUCAAUAAACUUUUCCACAUCUGGAAACCGUCAAGGAAUUCGGUUCGCAGUUUAUGAUUUUUAUACUAACCAAAACCAGAAAGACUCUUUUUUCAUCACCGGAAGCAACGGGCAAAAUGUGAAAAUCACCGGAUUUGCAACUGAAGACGAGCCAGUUGUGUAUUAUUUUCAAAAUGGAGCGAAUGCCAUAUUUUCAAUUACUCAUCAAGACCAUUCGUUUAUUCAAAAACGAUUUUACAUACUCGUAAAGUCUUAUGAAAUAGCCGCUGAGAAACAAUGUGAUAAUAUGGGAAAUUUUAAUUUGGCUUUGGGACAGUCAAUAAACUUUGGUACUAAACAGUUUGGUAUAAACUCGUAUGACAACAAUUUGAAUUGUGGUUACAACUUUAGCAGAGUUGCAACGGCAAAUAGUUUAUUUGCACUGGGUAUACAAUACGAAUCUGAAAAGUGCUGUGAUACUAUGGUUAUUGAUGGUCUUACGGAAUACGAACAAAUCUACCAGGGAUUUCAAUACUCUAAUUUAUUUUUCACAAAAAGCCAACAAGUCAGUUUUCUAUUUCAAUCAGACGGUAUAAUUGGAGGAACUGGUUUAAACGCUUCACUUGAGCACAUUGAUUGUACAUGCUCUCCUGACAUGAUGCUUGGAAAAAACAGUGUUUUGACGUCGCCAGGAUACACAAAUUCAAUUUCCUAUUGUCCUGGUCUUGAAUGUUCAUCAAAUAUUGAGUUUCAGGAUGAUCUUUAUGAUUUGCAACUUGAGUUCACUGACAUAUCAUUGCGAGGUUAUAGUCUCAACAACGAGACAGAUUCCUUAACAGUAUAUGAUUCAUAUCAACAUAUUGUGGUGCAAAUGAUGCCUUUUUACGCAGCUUUUACAUCGUUUUGGGCUACCGUUUCACCAGUAAACGUUCAAUUUAUUUCAAAAAGUUUGACAGCAUUCCCACUCGACCAAAUUGGAAGAGGUUUUUCUGUUAAUCUAAAUUUGUUGAAAAAACAAUUUGUAACAAACAACAUAGUAUUCAAUGACGCCUUCUUUUUCGAAGAUAUCUCGAAUCUAUUAUUGAAAAGUGGAAACACAUACGAAUUUGUUAUUACUGGAAGAGCAGGACAUCAGAUUUCCAUAUACUUCUUUACAAAAACCACGAAUCAGGUGUUUAUUGACAUUUUUGAUGGCGACUCAAUGGACGCGAAACGUAUUGAUAAUAAAGCGUUGUACUCUAACGUUUUGGAAAAUGGCCCAUCUUUGUCAUUGACCACAACUUCGGAGAAAGCCAUUUUACAUGUCAGGGGAAAUCCAACGUUCUUACAACCUGGAACAGAUUUUCAAGCUAUGAUAACUGAUUUGAAAUUACCAACAGAAUGUGGACCACUAGUUCACAGCAUGAGAGAACAAAAAACUAGUUCUGGUGAUAUAACUUUACGAGGAAACAACUGCUACAAGGUUCUGCAUUUUUCUGACAGUUCAUAUAAUCAAGGUGCAUUCAUGAACAUUGCAUUUUCAAAACCCAUUUCCUCAAAAAUAUUUUAUGGGCUCACAACCUCUUCAGACGAUUGCAUAGCGCAUAAUUCAAGUGAGCCUAUCGCUCAGGAUCUGUUUAAAAACUAUUUAGUAUUGCAAUAUUCAACAACUGAUAUCAGCUCAGUGUCAUAUUCAUGGGCUAUUUCGAGUGGAAUCAUUGCUCGUACUAUGCAACCCGGUGAAACAGUAGUAUUGGUUUCUGACGACUACAGAAAAUAUAACGCUUCUCCCUUAGAUCAACAGUUCUCAGUGCAACUGGAAGGUGAAUCAAAUGUUCAAACAGGAUUGAUGUGUGAAUUUUUGGCCGAUUCUGGAAGCGGCGCUGGCACUUUGUCCUGGUCCUCUUACGAUGACAUCAAGCAAAAGACAAGUUAUUCAAAUGCCAAAAAAUCCCUUAAAUACGCGUCUUGUGGGAACAAAUUACUUGUUGACUACACUUCUCCUGAUGGUGGACCAGACAACGGACUAUAUCUGAAGAUUACUCGAGCUGAUCUUCGAUGUUCUCGAAGUCCAAUGCGUUUGUCUAUUUCGGUUAUCGUUCUUCUCACCGUCUCAUUCAUUUCUCUCAUUUUCUAAAAGAAACAAAAAGAGGACAAAAUCCUUCCCUUCCAAUGAGAUCACAUUCUAAAUCAAAAAUAUCCUCUCUCCAUAUCAUAUUAUCUUUUUUUCCAGAGUAAUAAAAAUGGAAAAGACACAGUUGUCAA